UCCACCCCAAGCCUCCUGCUGCUUUGAGCUCCAUCACCAGCUGAGCUGCGAGGAAGAGAGAGUGCGAGAGUGCGCGGCAGCGGCAGUGUAGUGUCAGUCACUGGGUGUGCGCUUGCUUGCUUGGAUUGAGGAUGACGUCAUCGAUGUCGCCGGCGCCGGCGCCGGCGUACGCGCAGGUGAUGGAGGACAUGGAGAAGGGGAAGGAGCUGGCGGCGCAGCUGCAGGGGCUCCUCCGCGACUCGCCGGAGGCCGGCCGCUUCGUCGACCAGAUUCUCCACACCUUCUCCCGGGCGAUGCGGGCGCUCGACAAGGCGGCGGUCUCCGCCGCCGGAGGAGAAGGGUCGGAGGUGCAGAGCGAGGUCACCUGCGGGGGCGGGGCCAGCGCCGGCGGGAAGAGGAAAGCCCCCGCCGCCGACCGGAAGGCCAACUGCCGCAGGAGGACGCAGCAAUCGUCCGGGAAUUCGGUGGUCGUCAAGAACCUCGACGACGGCCAGGCAUGGCGCAAGUACGGGCAGAAGGAGAUCCAAAACUCCAAGCACCCAAAGGCCUACUUCCGGUGCACGCACAAGUACGACCAGCUGUGCACGGCGCAGCGGCAGGUGCAGCGCUGCGACGACGACCCGGCGAGCUACAGGGUCACCUACAUCGGCGAGCACACCUGCCGGGACCCGGCCACCGCCCCCAUCAUCGCGGCGCACGUCAUCCACCAGGUCGCCGCCGGCGACAACGACGACGGCUGCGGCGGCCUCCAAGCGGGGUCCCGCCUCAUCAGCUUCGUCGCCGCGCCGGCGGCGCCAGUAGACGCUGCCGCGGCGCCGACGACCAGCACGAUCACCACGGUCACCGCGCCGGGCCCGCUGCUGCAGCCGCUCAAGGUGGAGGGCGGCGUCGGCUCGUCCGACCAGGAGGAGGUGCUGAGCAGCCUCACGCCCGGCAGCUCCGCGGCGCGCGGCGGCGGCGGCGGCGGCGGAGUCGCGGGUCCCUUCGGGCCGGACCAGGGCGAUGUCACGUCCUCCCUGCACUGGAGCUACGACGCCGUCGCCGGCAUGGAGUUCUUCAAGAACGACGAGGUUGUCUUCGAUCUGGACGACAUUAUGGGUUUGAGCUUUUGAUCACCGAAGAAUCAUGGAUGGACACGGGCCGGGUAAAACGAUCGAAAGAAGAUGGAUUCCACGCGUGUGUACAGAAAUAAUUAGCGGCAGCGCGGAUCUUAAUUUGGAACUUGCAAAGAUACUCCUAAUUAGCCUGGCUAGAUUAGUUUGUAAAUUCCUUGUUGAUGUGUCGUCUCAGCUUUAAGCUGCAGACAUGCUAGCAAGUAACAACACGAUUAGUACGUAGUAAUGUGGUUCUUGAUUAUGAGCUGGGGGUCUUAACCUUUUUUGUGUGACAAGCAAGAGAAGAGGAUUUGGGUACAAUGUAAUCCUGUUCUUCCGCUUUCGAAAAAAAAAAACAUAUAGCUUCACGUGCCUAA